CAGCAGAGUAGGUACCAUUUGGUGCUUCUCGCAGUUUUAGAUGUGUAAAGGCGGUAGGAAUCUUGAUGUCGGUCAACAUCGGUUAUUUCGGUGUGAAUGGAAGAAAUAUGAGCGAAAAAGAAAAGGAUGUCGACGCAACGAACCAAAAAACUAGUGAAAAAGACGAAAAAAACAUACCACCAGUCCCUAAAGAUGCUGAAAAGUUUAUCUACUUCGAUCGCAUGGUAUCCACAUAUACAGGCCUAUCGAUAGUAAUAGCAGGAGUAGCUGUCCUAACUAUAUUAUUUAUAGCAGCAGACGAAUGUAGACAAUGUUUCAGUAAAUCACAUGAUCAAAGCACGCCAUCAAACCUAAAGAAAACAUUUUGGCCCUAUGGCAAAAACAUCGAAGGAGGUCAUCUCAAAGAGGUGUUUACAGUUCUGGAUAAAUUCGGAUACCAAAAAAACGAAAAUCCUGGAGAUGAGUGGGAUUUAUUAUGGGCACAUGACUAUCCAUUCAGAACCCUACAAAACGAACUAAAAAAUUUAAAACCUUAUCAGAAGAUUAAUCACUUUCCUGGAUGCGGAUAUAUCACGAAUAAAGUAGACUUGGCGACGAGUGGAUUGAAAUAUAUUCCACCAGCGUUCAAGCUACCGGAAGAUAAAGAAAAGCUAUUAAAAUACAGCGGUCAGAAUCCGAAUAAAACAUUCGUACAAAAAAACAAUGAUCAUCGGAAUAUAAAAAUCGAAAAAAUUGAGAAUAUCGAUUUAGAUAAAGCAGGCACGUUUAUUCAAGAAUACAUUGAUAAGCCUUUGCUAGUCAAUGGACAUAAGUUUGAUAUAGGGAUAUACACAAUUAUAACUUCUAUUGAUCCUUUAAGAGUAUAUAUCUACAAUGGAGAAGCGCUCUUAAGAUUUUGUCCGUCCAAAUACUACCCUUUCGAUCCAAAUAAUCUAGACAAAUAUGUAGUAGGAGAUGAUUAUCUACCUAUUUGGGAAGUACCUGCCCUAGAUCAUUACUACAAUAUAUUAGGCUUUGGAAUGAGAGAUAGCCUAAAUGCUUUACUGCGAACUCAAGGCAAAGAUCCCAGUAUUAUAUGGUCUCAAAUAGAAGAAUCCAUAAGGACGAUUCUUUUGGCUAAGGAACCAUUAAUCGCAGAUGUCUUAAAAAGAUUCAAGUAUAAAAGCAACUUUUUCGAAAUGAUGCGUUUUGAUUUUGUUAUCGACGAAAAUCUUAAUAUCUACCUCUUGGAGGCUAAUAUGAGUCCAAAUCUCUCCUCUGCUCAUUUCCCUCCAAACAGAUUAUUAUACCAACAGCUCCUAUACAAUGUUUUAGGUCUUGUAGGAGUAGGUAAAAGUCUUAAUAAGAACACAUUAGAGCUAAGCUUAGAUGAAGAAAAGAUGAUUGUAUCUGAUAAACAUCUGGCAACAUAUCCUGAAAAAUGCCAUAGUCAAUUAUGUCGUACAAGUUGUGUUUCUCCCGACUGUCAAUUAUGUAAAACAUGUCUGUCGCCAGAAACUAGGAAAUAUUUAGUACAAGCUUUCAAAGAACAUAUUCAUAAAGGAGAUUGUAAAAGAAUAUUUCCACCUUCUUUGACAGCCCAAGAACAUUUAGAUGAUACAACUGAAAAAUACUCAGCUGAAAAUCAGUUGCAUGUGAGAUGGUUUCAAGGAAAAUGUUUACUAGAUAAAUCAUGGUGUUAAAAUGACAUUGAUCCAAUAGAGAAAAGAAUCUUGCCUCAACCACACAGCACAUACAGAGACAAAACAGUAUUUUUUUAGAAAUUUUCAGAUACUUUUUGUUUAAAAUUUUAAAAUUAUCCCCUUUAAAAUCAAUUUAAACAGCCACUACUAGGUUAAAGGUGAGAAAACAAAAUAUAAGUAUUUCAGUCUCUAUUAUUAAAAAUUGGAAAUUAUUAGAUAGAUUAUACCUAUCAAUAGGGUAUAUAUUUGUGUACUAUUAAAAUGAAACCAAAUUAAUAUUUUUGUUUAAAUAUAUAUUAUAUUUAUUGUUA